UUAUGAUUAAUAAAUUGGGUCAAAUGAAAAAAGUUCCAUUUUUUGUAAAUCAGCCUUCCUGGUCCUGGGUUUUAUUUCGUAUUCCUCUCUUUUUUUUUAUUCUCUCUCUCUCUCGCUCUCCCUCUCAGGGAAGAUUUCGUCGUCCUGAGCUUCAGCUUGAAAAGGAGAAGGAGACAUGGGAUUGACUUUCACGAAGCUGUUUAGCCGGCUUUUUGCCAAAAAGGAAAUGCGUAUUCUUAUGGUUGGUCUCGAUGCGGCCGGAAAAACCACAAUCUUGUACAAGCUCAAGCUGGGUGAGAUCGUUACCACGAUCCCCACGAUCGGUUUUAAUGUAGAGACUGUGGAAUAUAAGAACAUCAGCUUCACCGUUUGGGAUGUUGGUGGUCAGGACAAGAUCCGCCCAUUGUGGAGGCACUACUUCCAAAACACACAGGGUCUCAUCUUUGUUGUUGAUAGCAAUGACAGGGAUCGUAUUAUUGAAGCAAGGGAUGAGUUGCACAGGAUGUUGAAUGAGGAUGAAUUGCGUGAUGCUGUUUUGCUUGUGUUUGCAAACAAACAAGAUCUACCAAAUGCGAUGAAUGCAGCUGAAAUAACUGAUAAGCUUGGCCUUCACUCCCUUCGUCAACGCCAUUGGUAUAUCCAGAGCACGUGUGCAACUUCUGGGGAAGGCCUGUACGAGGGGCUGGAUUGGCUCUCCAACAACAUUGCUAGCAAGGCCUGAGCAGUUGGCUUCGUGAUCUCUCUCAAAUUUGAUGUUGCUUUGCUCAAUCUCUGUUGAUAACUAUUCUGGCUAGGAAACCGGUGUGCUACUGCUGCUAGUGUUUUUGUAAUACUUACAAAACGAUUUCACAUGGACAUGUUAUAUUUUUAAUUUUUCUUGGCUUGCUUGAUCAGUCUGCUGUUGUUUAGCAACAACGUGAUGAGAUUGUUAGCCGUUUUUUUUUCCUCCUCUUAUCUUGGGUUCUAGUGAUGUUUUUGCAACAGAAGAAUACGCGAUUGUUUCAUACUUCUAACUAAUCUUUGUUUUUUUGUUGCUGUGUGUCAAACUGGUUAUAUUAAAGAUUUAGGAUUUUCAACAA